AUGGCAAAGAAAAAGUGGACGCAUCCUCGUGCUUUGAAGAAAGGGACUCUUUGUUUGCAGGGAACCAAAAGCUGUCGUGGAGGUGGCAGCUCCAAGAACUACCCUGCCUACACUCCGUCAAGUCAGAAGGAUCCCCCGGAAGCACGCAGAGGUCGUGAGAAACUGGCUCUGACUGGUGAGGCUCUUCGCAAGCUUUCUUCAAGGAAGUUGUUGACUCACUUACAGCAGCUAGGACACGUUCCACGACUGGUCAAAGGAGGUCCGUGUCUUUACUGUGGCAAGCCUCUGUCAAACAAGGGGUGCCCGCCAUUGCCUGUCAUUUUGGCAGGCACUGGAGCGAAAUACUUUAGGUGCACAACCAGGCCGUGCAAUCGACAACAGCAUGUUCUCACCGCGAGUCCGGUCUUCAGCACAGGGCGCGGCGAGGAUGUGCUGCCUUUGCGAACGCAGGUGCUUCUGCUCUGGCACAUAGCCUGGAGGACUCCUUUGCGGCAGAUCCGGGCAGAGUUGGGCAUGAACGACAAAAGGAUUGCCGCCGCGCAGAGCAAAUGGCGAUCCGCUCUUGCUGACUACGUGCAGGAGAUGCAAUGCAAGACCCAGGGUGGUGACUACAAGGAGGUAGAAGCGGACGAGUGCGUUGUCAGGAAGCAGUUUGUGGCGGACCAAGUGGCCUGGCAGGGUUGGGUAGGCUCCAAAGAACGAGGAGUCAAACGUUCUCUCGUGCUGGAGAAAAGGCCGUUCGAACGUUCCUUGAGCAAGCGGAAGAAGACCGGCUUUGCGUGCCCGCCUCCGCUCAGCUGUGAGGAAUGGAAGUCAUACUGUACGAAACAUGUGGCAUCUCAGACCAUUCUUCAUGUUGACGGGGCCCAAGCCUAUGCGACCCAGGUUGAUGACAAGGAGAUCAGACGCGAUACUGUUUCCCACUCGAACAAGAAGGGCGGACCCUUCUUCGUCAAAGCCUGCGACCACAAGGGAGUCAAUGGCCGCACUAAGAAGACUUGUGCAGGAACGCAGGCCAUGGAUGGCUACUGGCAGCACUUGAAGCGCUCAUGUCAUGGUGUCAAUGCCAGAUACCCUGACAAAUGUGAUGAUCACAUUAGGGAAUCCCAGUGGCACUCUUGGCUUGGUAGCGAGGACCCUUGGGAAGCCAUGGGCCGUGUGUUGCGCAAGCUUCGUGAGCGGUCUGAUGGCUUAGAGCUUCAGGCUUGGACUCCUUUGUCAGUGGCAUCAAGUGCCGCAGAGGAGCAACGUACUACUACGUCUUCUCGUGCAGUGGAGCAGCGUGCUACUACGUCCUCUGGUGCAGUCAAGGUGCAGCAACGUGCUACUACGUCCUCUGGUGCAGUGCAGGUGGAGCAACGUGCUACUACGUCCUCUGCAGCUCUGGAGACUCCCGCGGUGCUUGCUACUUUGGCACAAAGUCAUGGCGCAGAGGGCUUGCCAGUUACACUGGGCUUGCUUCCGCUUCGUGUCCGCCAACUUCCAGCUGUGAUUUUGCCAUGUACAUUUCCUUCUCUCCUAGCCGAAGAGAAGUUUUACAAGGCAGUCAUUGCUGCAGCUAGUUUGACGAGCUCUGCCAAGACGCUGAAUGGCCUUCAGGCCAGGGCUUUCGAAGCCUGCUGCAAGCUGGCACGGCAGGAAGCGGAUGUGCUCCGUGCAUGCGAUACGCACGACAAAGCUGACAUCUGGUUAAAGGCUGUGGCGAGGGCCGGUGCUGCCAGGAGGAACAUUAGCCACUUUGGUCGAGCUUUUCGACUGUCGGACUUGAGAAGUUCUGAGCAGACCACGGCCCCACGACAGACUUUACUUCAGUUUGCAGCUCUGCCACCACCGGCGCUCGUAGCUGCUGUUGAGCGAGACCUUGUCGAUGCAGCAGGACGACUGCCGGAGCAGUCUUUCUGCGACAUGCUCUUGGAUGCGUUGCAAUACCUCUCGGGCCACGAACUUGUUUGGCUUAGCCGUGAACAGGUUGAACGACAGGUCACUGCAGAAGUUUCCGAAGUCUUGGACGAGGUGCUCGGUGCACUGCUUUCUUUAGGGCUCGUGAAGGUAUCUGGUGAUGGCCAGAUACGAUUGGAGCCGAAAGUGCUUCAGUGA